UCGUAAAUCAAGGUUACAUAUUUUGUAUAAAUAGGGGCAAGUCUUCAUCAACCAUCGUUCAUGCACGGUGAGUUGAUUUGAAAGAACUCGGAACGUACAGAAGCAACGGGGAUGGCUUUAACUUUCAGUGAAUAUCCUACGUGGUGCAAACCCAUGCCUGUCAAUGGACAAGGGGUUUUCACAUUCAACAUCAUCCGGAGCAGUCCUUUCCGUAUUGUCAUCUCUAAUUCGCCUACUAAUGACACUAUCAUGCUCACCAUUGGUAGCAACUUCGCUGAAUUUGGCUUGACACAUGAAAGCACAUAUGAAACUCUUCAUCGGUCAGACCAACCUGACUGUGGUUACGACGCUGGUCAGAAGAUUUCCUAUUGGUUCAGCUAUAACCGAGAUAGCCUCGUUUUGAAAUACGGUAAAGGCUACACUAUGGAAGAAACUACUUUGCUGGAGUACGAUUUUCUUAAAGACAAAACCCCAGAAGAAGCAGAGCAGAUUAGAGAAAAAUAUCAUGGUCUUUUUAACGCAGAAGGUCAAGGUCUGGUGCGUCUGUAUGACAGCGAUCAGUUGCGAGGUUCUUCAACCUCUUCAAGUAUGAUAGACAUUGAGAAAAAAGUUGCAUUCUAUAAGAACCCUUUUAUCAGCAACCUAUCCCCUAUCGUCCUAGACAGCUCCAAAGUGACUCUCUUUACACUGGACAAUGCUAAUUACAUGCUUACAGGAAGUCUUCCACCUGCCUGCAAGGAGCUGUAUGAUAACAUAGGAAACUGUGAGCUAAACUGGCCACCGGAAGUGGACGAAGUUCUUCUCUCAGAUGCUAUACGCUUCAGCAUUGAAACCAAAGGAUGCCUCCUUUACGAAAAACUAAAAUCUAAAUCCGGCGAGUUCGGUCCAGACAGUGGGGCAAAUGAGACCUACCUGCGCGUGACACUUGGGCACAGUCUUGGGAACUCGCCUGGAAUACCUUACGUCCUUGAGAUUUGGCCUUCAAAACACUACAGUCCUAUACAUAACCAUGGAAACUCGAACGCUGUUAUCAAAGUCCUGUUUGGUCAAAUCAACAUUUCCAUUUACAACAAACAGACAACAGACCCAAAUGCAGUUCCUUUGAGGAAGUUUAAUGCUGUCAAAGGAAAUGUAACAUGGAUCAAUAGGAACUGGUUCCAAACACACAAGCUCUGGAACGACACUGAUGACUUCUGCGCCACCAUCCAAUGUUAUAACUACGACGCAGGGGACACAACUCACUGGCCAUACUUCGACUACGUCAGUGAGAACAGUACCAUUGAAGAGUUUAUACCUAACUCGGAUUUCACAUUUAGAGAGAUGCGAGACAAGGUGUUGGCAGAAUACCGACAUGGAUUCACCCCAAUCAACCCACCGCAAUAGCCGAUGUAGACGAACUGCAUCCUUCUGCUGAAACAUGACAACAUGACUAUCACUCUAAUCUGAAGAGAAGAAAAUGAUAAUGAGCAUUGCUUGAUUGUGCUUAUCAAUCUUUUAUGCUCUUCUAUAUCACAUAAUAUUGAUAUCAUAUCGUUUGAAUGAUACUUAUUUCAAGAUUUUUUUUUUUCGAAUCGAAGACGUGUUUUUCCAGUGUCAAUUGCAAACCUAUUUGAAGCAAAUCUUUUAAUGUUUAUUGACUGGCCACCGUUUCCCUGACGUUUAGUUUCGACAUUUUAAACAUCAAUUGUUCAAAUUCAAAUUAUCUAAUAGAAAAUAAAAUCGGUUUUGUAUUAACGUUCAAUUUCGGCCUCCUGGGCGGGAGUGGCAGGGUCCAAUGCAGAAAAUAGAUCAAUUUCUUUAAAAGAUAUCUUGUUCUUCAGGAAUUGAAGAAUAUUGUCCAAAUAUGGUAUUAAAAUGCUUGGGUGUAGGCAAAUCAGUUUUGUAUAAACGCCCUGUCUGACCCACCUGGGCCAGAGGGGCGGGGCCUCAUAGUGUGCAUAAUGGUACAUAUAUCAAUAUUCUUAUCAAUUUUUAUAUUUGCAUAAACUAUCUUGUUUUGCGAUAAAACAUAUAUUCUCUGUGUAUGCUGCAAAGUUUUAGGGGCGUGGCAGUUGUUACAGCCGUUACCAGCUGAUAACUGUACAGGUGACCCAUAUAGAUGACUUAGGUAUGUAUAUUCUAUGGCAUGGUUCAGUGAAAACGCUAAUUUUUAAAUAUGAAAACAAUACACAUUUAGAUAUCUUUCAAUUUAUGCAGUAUAUCGAAAGCAUCAAGG